AAAAAUAAAAUAGAUGAAAGAUUCAUUCUAGAUUUAUUUACAAUUUUUAGAAUAAAGAAUUUUACGUUUGAUUAUUUACUUACAUUUUUAUUAAAAUAUAAAAAAUAUGAGUAAUUCAGCUUUAGCCAGUUUAACUGCUCAAUAUACGGAUUCGGAAAAUGAAGAAGAUCAGCAAGAAUCUCCGGAUUCACAAAAUUCCCAAGCGUCACAGGUUAUAAUUCCACCUCCUAGGCAUACCCCACAACAGACGCCCGAAAAACAACAAAAAGAUGCUACAGAUGUGAAAGAAACCAGACGCAGUAAGAAAAAGAAAUCAAAAAAAUUUGUCAAACGUUUAGUAAGCUAUCAGGAUGACACCAUCAUUUCGGAUGAAGGGGAAGGCGAAGAGGAAGAGGAUGAAGAAGAGGAUGAAUACAAUGAGGAUAACGAAAGAGUGUCAUCAGAUAUGGAGGAAGGAAUGGAUCAACGAAAUAAUUCAGAAAGCAAGAAAGUAGCACAAAAACGCCACGAAUCGCCAAUAGUUGUUGAUGAUGAUUCAUUUGAUCCUUCACAGAAAGGAAGUACUCGCAAUAAAACUGACAAAUAUGCUAAAUACGCAAAAUACAAUUUUUCAUUGCCGCCAGAACCAAAAGGCAAACCACUGCCAGAACUGUCUGAAAAGAUUCAACAACUGUAUGAGAAAAUGGAAACCAACAAUAUGGACAUGAAUCGUAUUAUCCAGCAACGUAAAGAGUUUCGCAAUCCUAGUAUUUACGAAAAACUCAUACAGUUCUGCGAUAUAAAUGAAUUUGGCACAAACUAUCCUCCCGAAAUAUAUGACCCCCUACAGUGGGGACCGGAGAGUUUCUAUGAAGAAUUAGCUCGUGUACAAAAAAUUGAAAUGGUUAAAAGGCAAAAGGAGAAAAAAGAUAACGAUAAGAUUGAGCAGGUUUCGGCUCUGGCCCGCAAAGUUGAGGAAGAGGCAAAAAAGAGGAAAUCCAAAUGGGAUCAACCUGCAACAUCUAUCAAACCUGUAGUACCUCCCACACUAACAACAACUGUUACAGGAACAAAAGGAACUGUCAUUUCAGCGUUUGGGUCAUUACCUAAAAAACCGGCAGCAUAGUUUAUUUAAGUAUUAAAUCUAAGGCGAUAUAUAUUAUCAUUUAAAUUUUAAUUAAAUAAAAAGCAAAAAAUAAUUAUUUCUAUUUUGUA